AUGGGACGUUCAUGGUGUCAGAGCUUGCUCUUGUACUACGGUCUCACGUCUCAGGUCAAAGCGUUAGAUACUGAGCGAAAGAAGCAAGUGACUCAACCAGGAAUCAUUAUUGAAGCUCCUUCGCCAAGUCGUCCGAGUGCUCAAGCACAAGUCGACGAGGUACUGCAAGUGGACAUUGAAGACGAAGAAAGUCGCCUUGCAAGAGACCUCCUGCUUGACUGUGAAGCUGCCAUCUCUGCGUUGUUCGCUUCGUCUGGUGUUGACGUCAACGGAGAGGUCGAUGAAAUGGAUUCGGAUCUUUCGGGUGCUGAGGAAGAGCCAAUCCCUCCAAGUCCCGAGGGUGACACACAACAAGUCACUUCAUGUAGUGAGUCACUUGACGAAGUCGACGCUGUUAAAGCCAAGGAGAGUCCAUCUACUGUUUUAGAAGAACUAUCAACGACGGUGAAUCCUUCUGAAGACAGUGACAAGAAACCCGAUACGAAGAAGCAGAGAGGGUCGAAAUUUAAGGCAGUGGUCAGUCAAACCAUAAAGAAAGCGGAGAAACCCAAGAAGAAGAAGAAACGCAAGGGGAAACCAGAACUUCGACGUACAAGUACUUAUGCCACUGCCACCCCUCCAUCGCGUCCAAAAACCGAAGACGAGCCAAGUUUUACGUCCGGUCUCGCGGCAGACGUUGAUACAAAUCCCAAGCUUGUGACAAAGAGAACCUUGAGCGCUGCAAGGAGUAAGAGUCUGCGUCCUAAGACCUCCAAUGAGACCCCUAAAAGCGUUUCCAGCGCCAUCCUACAGGCCACGAAGAACAUUGAAUUACGAGCGAACUCUCGUCUCUGUCCACUCCUGACACAUCCAACCACGUCGUUCGUACUCCCAAGUGUUGUCGAUUCCAGUCGCGUUGUUCCUCGUAUCCCCCGAACUGCACCAGUCGACGUUUCCAGUGUUCUCGAAGACAAAACGCAGUCCAGAACACGAUCCGAACUCCCUGCUUUGCAACUCUCGGGACGCGACGAAGACCAGCGACGACAUUCGUUACGACGAAGAUCUCGACGACAGGAGAACGACAUGAAAUCGGACAAUCCCGACACGUUCCCGAAAACAGAAUCGUACGGCUCAAGUAAAAAACUCCUUAACCUUGUAACGUAA